AUGGCCACCAUCAUCAGCGUUCUCGCCGCUGUGGCAGUUCUCGCCGCCGUGCUCGCGCUGGCCUGCGUCGCGCCCACAGCCUCAGCCGCUACCGCUCCCCCCGCUACCAUCUCCGACGCAAGCACGGAGUACUUUGUGAAGCUGUGGGCAGACAAGUACCCACUCAACUACGUGUGGUCCGGCAAAGACAUAUGCAAGUACGAGGGUAUCUCCUGCGACACAGUGAAGCAGACGGUGACGAUGCUGCUCCCCAGGGUCGGCCUCACCGGCACCAUCCCCCGCUUCGGCUCCAAGUCUGGCUUUAUACCCGCCAAUGUGCGUGUGGUCACCAUCAACCUCAUGGACAACCCGGGGCUCAGUGACGCCUUCCCGGAGCACUACGGCCAGUUGACGCGACUGCAGGAGCUGUACCUGAUGAACACGUCGCUGCAGGGCACGAUCCCACAGACAUGGAAUAACCUCGCGAACCUGGCUAUUCUGGACGUGUCGAAGACAAAGGCCUGCGGUAACCUGCCGGCCUGGGACUCCAAGGGAAUGAAGUCGCUCCAGUAUAUGCACUUCAAAGGUAACAACCUCAUGAAGGGCUCCGUCCCGGCGAGCCUUGCCACAUUCGGCGCUGUCUCCUUCGAAACCACCGGGAGCCGCCUCUGCGGCUGCAUCCCCCUGGAGUUCGGGAGUAGCACCUACAUGAUGAUGCAGUUAAUUCGUGACCAGCCCCAGCUGAACACAGCGAACUGCGCGACGACCAAUAUGUGCACGCCCCAGGACCUGAACUGUAACGCCAAGCCCAACGCCGCCGCGAUCGGCUACAGCGGCGCGAGCGUUGCGGCGGUGGUGACCAGUGUUCUCGUCACGGUGGCGUCGCUUCUCGCGUAA